UCUUGAUUCCGAUGAUAUACACUUAGCUUGAAUUGAAGUAUUGUAAACUCUUCCGUUUCAUAUACUGCAGGAAAUUACAGAUCAAAAAUGCUGGAUCUAGAAGGCGAUGAUAGCUUUUUUAUGGAAGAAGACAAAAUUUUGCUUUUGUAAAGUAUCUUAGUUCAUUAUGUUUGGGGCAGAGUAUUCAAGAUUAAGUCCUGGUGAUCCAGACAGUGGCGAUUACAUUGGUGGUCUCUAUUUGCCAGAGGAUCGCAUGGGUAUGAAGAUAACAUCCGGAAGUGUGAAACUGAGUAAAGAUGAAAAAAAUUUAAUCGGCAUCAGCAUUGGUGGUGGAGCACCUCUUUGUCCUUGUCUCUAUGUUGUUCAGGUGUCUGAAAAUGGUGCUGUUGCAAGUGAUGGUACUUUGCAAUGUGGUGAUGAAAUUACUGCAGUGAAUGGAGACUCUGUGAAAGGCAAAAGCAAAGUGGAAGUUGCAAAAAUGAUCAAAGGAGUUAAGGGAGAAGUAUGUAUUGCUUACAACAAACUUCAUGCUGAUCCUAAACAAGGGAAAACUUUAGACAUAAUUUUAAAGAAAGUGAAGCAUCGCAUGGUAGAAAAUAUGAGUUCAGCUACAGCAGAUGCUUUAGGAUUAAGCAGAGCCAUUCUUUGCAAUGAUUCUCUGGUAAAAAAGAUGGAAGAACUUGAAAGGAAUGAAUUUGUUUAUAAAGGUUUAGCAGAACACACAAAACAAAUGUUAAGAGCUUUCUUUGAUGUGUGUCGUGUUUACCGAGCAUUUGGUGAUGUUUUUGCUGGCAUCGGCGUUCGUGAACCUCAACCAAGGGCAAGCGAGGCUUUUACACAGUUUGGUGAGGCACAUCGAACUAUGGAAAAAUUAGGAAUCAAGUUUCUGAAGACUGUGAAGCCUAUGAUGACAGAUCUAGGAACUUAUUUAAAUAAAGCUGUUCCAGACACUAAGUUAACUAUUAAGAAAUAUGCUGAUGUAAAGUUUGAAUACUUGUCCUAUUGUUUAAAAGUCAAGGAAAUGGAUGAUGAAGAAUACACUUACCAAGCUCUGCAAGAGCCUCUUUACAGAGUUGAAACUGGGAAUUAUGAAUAUAGGCUGAUCUUAAGAUGUCGCCAAGAUGCUCGAGCACGAUUUUCAAAACUUCGCUCAGAUGUCCUAGUCAAAUUAGAAUUACUUGAUCAAAAACAUGUUCAGGACAUUGUUUUUCAAAUGAACAGACUGUUAACUGCCCUGUCUCAAUACAAUCAGAACUGUUAUAAUCUCAUGCAAGAGACAAAUGUUUUCCCCAUCGAAUUGGACUUACCACAAACAACAUUCCAAUACUCUGAAACUUCCGCCUCUUCUGAAUUCCAUGACGAUGAUGAUGAUGAGGAGGAAGACGUUGAACCUCUAGUCAUUGCCGAAGAAGCCCUGGCAGAUCCUAAACAAGACGAUGACCUAUUAGAAGCUUUUUUGGCAGAUGAAAAACUACCGAAACAAUUGGUUUCACUUAAUUUAUUAGAGGACUGAAAAGAUGAUUUUUAUACGUGUAGCCAAGAACUAAUAAAAUUGUUUGUAUGAUUGGGUGUGUUUUCCAUU